UGCACAGAAAUUAAAUAGCGAUAAUAAACAGGCCAGGCCGAGAGAGGUGAAACUACGUUUUUAGGUGUGCGUAGACUUUAAACACUUCUAGACAUUGCUGUGCACUUCAGAUGCUUCCGUAAGAUUAGUUGCUAUUUAUGUUAAUACAAUAAAAUCGGCACUGAUUUCGUCAUCGGCUGUCUAAUCGGGGUUGGAAGAAGAGGAAAAGCGGAAAGUAUGUAGGAGUUAUUUCUCCCUUCUUCCCCACCUACACUUGCAUCCAAAACAAGAAACUGCACAAAAGCCGGUCAAACACUUCGCAUUCACCCGCAAAUCGAUGGCGGACAGCAUCGGAGAUGAAGCCAACGGUUCCGUGGGAACGGGUCAGGGCCACGGCACCCAGUUACUGUCCCCGAGUUUGGGUAAUUCCAUACCAGGGAAUUCUUCAGCCUCACCGCAUCCGGCAGAAGCCGCAGAGACCGGCCUGGCUGUGAUCGGUCCCUGGGUCGCGCAUACGGUCACUCCUGCCGCGGUGAGCGGGCUCGGUGUGCUGAGCCACGCUAUCGACUCCACCGCAGCCGUUCCUCUAUCACUGCCUCCCGGUAUCGGCUUGGCAGUUCCGGGCGGUGCGCCGAAUCUGGCCGGAGCGGGCCUCCUGUCUCAAAUUCAUGCGACCUCCUGGGACCCCACACUAAGCACGGACUGGGACAACGAGAAGGCGUCUCAGCAAUGUAUUCUGAGGAUUAAAAGAGAUAUCAUGUCCAUCUAUAAAGAACCUCCUCCGGGUAUGUUUGUGGUCCCAGAUCCUCAUGAUAUGACCAAGAUUCACGCCCUCAUCACCGGUCCCUUUGACACACCAUACGAGGGGGGUUUCUUCCUAUUCCUGUUCCGUUGUCCCCCUGACUAUCCCAUCCACCCUCCACGGGUCAAACUUAUUACUACCGGUCACAACACUGUUCGCUUUAACCCCAACUUCUACCGAAAUGGCAAAGUGUGCCUCAGCAUCCUCGGCACUUGGACUGGGCCAGCGUGGAGUCCCGCCCAAAGCAUCUCCUCGGUUCUCAUAUCUAUACAGUCACUAAUGACAGAGAACCCUUACCACAAUGAGCCUGGCUUUGAGCAGGAAAGGCAUCCGGGUGACAGCAAAAACUACAAUGAGUGUAUCCGGCACGAGACCAUGCGAGUUGCUGUGUGCGAUAUGUUGGAGGGUAAAGUGCCGUGUCCAGAGGCCUUAUGGAAUGUGAUGGAGAAAUCUUUCCUGGAGUACUAUGAUUUCUAUGAAGGGGUUUGCAAAGAACGUCUUCAUCUUCAAGGGCAGAACAUGCAGGAUCCAUUUGGGGAGAAGAGAGGUCGCUUUGACUAUCAGGGCCUGUUAACUCGUCUCAGAGCAAUCCAGAGGCGGUUGCGGGAAAAGUGCCCACCGGAAGAUAAUGACUCUGAUUCGGACACCAGCUCUUCCGGUACCGAUCCGGACAGUCAGGGCAGCUCACAGCCUUAGAGCGUUCUCUAGGGCCGCAAAGAGAGAAGGUUAGAUCGAUUCCCUUUACACCUGCAGCUCCGGACAAUUCAAGUGAGCACUAACGCAAGGAGGGCUGAAUAAAUGGAGAAUCUGCUCGUGAAGAUCAGGGGUCCUGACAGUUUCUGUCUCUUUUGAUUGGUUAAUAUUAUUCCUCUUGCUCUUUGAGUGCUGGCCAAUGACUGCCUUUUUGUUUUGCUGUUUUUCUUUCAUGCAGAAGAGUUUCAGGCAGGAAUGAGAAUGAGGGUCUUGCAAAUAAUAUCUAUGUGUGCAUGUGUGUGUUUGUAAAAGAGAGAAAUGUACAUGUCGCCCCCUUCAGCAGGUCAACAAAUCAUCUGCCACUCCAGUUCACGUUUUUCUGCCAUCAGCUUCAUUCAGUUUAGAGAAAUAUAAUCAACUUAUAGUCAUGCUAGUUAAAUAAAUAAAGAAAAUAAAAUCUGAUUUAAAACACAAGGGUCUGCUUGCAAAUACACACAUCUCGUUUUAUAGUUUGCAUAUAUUAUUUUUCACUGUGUCCUUGAUGGCGAUAGCAAUUAAACUCUUCUCUUGUUGACUAAAAAGUGAUUACAAUUAUAAGUUGUAACUGUUACUAAGUGAUAAUUAAACAUUCAUUAAGAGGGAGAAAAAACUGAUUCAACUUCAAAAUAAAUGUACAUAUAUUUGUUUAUAGAAAAGUUUUAUUUUAAUGUUCAAUGUUAUUAAGAUGCUGUUGAACAGGAACUGUUAUUUGCAUUCUGAUCUUGUUGGAUUCCCCAAGGAAUAAUGAGGACUAAACGUUUCCUUUCAAGUGUCGUUUACUCAUUGGAAGUACAGUUUGUGUGGUGUAUUAUAUCUGUCUCUAAUUGUGAAGCUGUCAGGUGUGAACAAAGAGAUCUGUUCUGUCAUUGUUUCACAAAAAAUCCUGGGGAACCAAAAUUUCAAUGAGACGAAGACUUGUUUUUACAGUCAUCCUUUGAUAGCAGUUCCACGUCAGCUUAAGCUUAAUAUUGCUAUAAAUGUAGUUUUCACCGGGAUACUGUGGUCACUGGUGUUCUCUUAUGCAACUAGAUAACUAACACAAAGUGAAGGCCAAGGAAGAGUAUCCUUUUGGUCGGCUAUUACGUGGCACCUUCAUGUCUAGGUCUUCUUGUAAAGAUCUUAUUAGUUUUCAUAUUAUAAAGUGCACCGUGCAAAAUGUUUUUUGCACCGAUUCUAUUGCAAUGCAUCCCUUUAAUUAACAGGUUGAUAUAGUUUUCCACAGCACAUUAAUCACACAGCCUUAUGUUUUCUGCAUACAUGUACAUUUAUCUUGCUUUUAUCCCAGGACAAGCAGGUUUUUGUUUAGAACAUUUGCGACUCUUGCAAAGCUUAGACCUGGGUUAAGUGAUGGUUGAGAAUGAAAUGAAAAACUAUACAAAACAAUGCCAUUAACAAAGUUUAACAUAUACUAAAUGGACCAAGUACAGUUCUGAGGUUUUGCAUGUGCUAAGAGAUUUUAUGCAGUUUUUCCUCUUAAACGAGAGAGAAUAUACUCAGACAGCAUUGUUUCUUUGUUGUUCCUUUUUAAUGAACAAUUCAAGUGUAUGUUUUCCUUAUUGAAGGUCCUUAACUAAAAAACUGAAUUGGACUUUGUGAUGUACUAAUGCUUUUUCCUUGUUAGCGAAAUCAGAAUAAAUUGGGUAAUUAAUAAAUGUAUCAGUCAGUUGCAACUGUAAGAAGAAAAUAUACUGUAUAAAAAAAUUCUGAUUA